AUGGCAGCAUCGGCAGCAGCAGCAGACGGCGCCGCCGAUGGCGAGAAGAUGAUCCUGCUGAUCAGCUCGGACGGCGCGAAAUUCGAGCUGUCGGAGGCGGCGGCGAGCCUGUCCAAGACGUUGGGUAACAUGAUCGAGGAUGACUGCGCCACCAACGGCGCCAUCCCUCUCGCCAACGUCGCCUCCGAUAUCCUCGCCAAGGUGGUCGAGUACUGCAACAAGCACGCCGCCGCCACCGCCACAGCCACCGCCGCCGCGAAAGCUAGCGGAGAGGAGGAGCUCAGUAAGUUCGACGCCGAGUUCGUCAGCGUCGACAGGAAGAAGUUGUUCGGCCUGAUCAAUGCCGCCAACUUCCUGAACAUGCCGUGCCUGCUGGAGCUGACAUGCCAGCGCGCGGCGGACUUGAUCAAAGACAUGAUGCCGGAGCAGGUCAGGGAGGUAUUUGGGAUCGAGAACGACUUCACGCCGGAGGAGGAGGCCGAGGUCCGUAACGAGAACGCCUGGGCCUAUGAGAUGUAG